AAAACUGUGUGGUAUAGUGUUUUCGUAAUAAUGGCAUGCGAGUAAAAUAGGAGAAAAUAUAUAGAACAUUAUUACAGAAUCGAAGGAUUGUACAAAUAAUCAGAGAAAAUAUAGUAAAUAAUCAAUAUGGCUUCUUUAACUCGUUUAUUGGAGCGUAACUUACGCAAUGGAAAUAGCUCCAAACAACUUCGACUAUUAAGUACACAAACAUCCCCGUCCGGUAACGAUGCUGAUAUUGAUGGAGAAGAAUUCCGUGUUCUUAAUUUGCAUGCCAGUCAGCAGAGUCGAUUCAAGAGGAGAGAAUAUAAGAAGCCCCCUGUUAUGCCACCACGUACGUUAAAAAUGGCUACAGAUCAAGAUUGGACUGCUGUAUGGCCGGGACCACGUUCAUUCCAUCCCGCAUCUGUGCCAUUACCUAUACGCCAAGGUUUUACAGAAAAGGGUGCCGCACCGCCUUCCAAAUAUGCCAACGCUGAAUUGGUUAAAAUACCUAACUUCCUUCAUUUGACACCACCGGCCAUUAAACAACAAUGUGAAGCUUUAAAAAAGUUCUGUACUCCUUGGCCUAAAGGUUUGGAAACUGAAGAAAAAUGGAAACGUCAUUUCCCUGUGGAUGUUGUUAGUACCGAUUAUUGUCAAGCCAUACCAACCAUUCGUAAUCCCGAUGCUCGACUUGUUACUCUUACUCUCAAACUGUCAGAACUACAAUUUGAUGACCAUGCCAAAGAUAAAUUUUUGCGUUUAGUGGGUGAUCGUUAUGACCGUCAAACAGAUGUUUUGACAAUUGUGGCAGAUCGUUGUCCUUUGCGUAAGCAGAACUAUGAAUACGCCAUGUAUUUGUUAACGGCUUGUUAUCAUGAAUCUUUUGUUACCGAACCCUGGGAAAACACUAAGUCGGAAGCUGAUAUGGAGUACUACAAAUAUGAGCGUAACAAAUCAAAGGAGUCCGUUGAGUCAAUACUCAAUUGGGGCAAGGUAUCGGGAGAAAUUGGUGAUAAAUUACAAGCCAGUGAAGGAUUUGUUCAAAGUGUUGAGCAAUUGAUUAAUGAAGGAGAAAAUGAGUACAAUUUGAAUAAGUACAAGGAAGAAGUUAUCAAAAUGCUUGGCGUUAAAAAGGAAUAAUAAUAUGUGUGUUAAAAAUUUGUUGUUAAUGCUUACAUUAAAAAAACGAUAGAAACUGUGCUAAUGUACACAUUAUAAAUAAAAAAUGGAGAAAAUUUAUAA